AUGAAGCCUAAUGGCCCCGUCAGAGGUUAUUUGAGAGUUGCAGGGCCUCAUUAUUGGGAAGAACCUAGUGAACCCCGUCUAGUGAGGGUUGACCCUCCCUCAUCGGAGUUCUACGCUCGCAUGUGUUGGAGGCCAAUUACCGCCACCACCCCUACUCUACCUUCAUCAAAUUGGACGAGAAUGGAUGACUUCAACAACUUCAUCCACCAAUACAACACCAGCUCUCCUGAUAAUGGAGGACUCAUGACUGAAGAAAUUGCUACUGCCCUGGGAGAGACUAAUAACAAAAACAGUAAUUUGCAGAACUGUUUGUAUCCAAGCCUCCAUCCUUCGUAUCCUCCUUUCACUUCCCAGAACUCCAUUACCUCCACCACCACCACCACCACAUGCAGUGACUCGUCCAGCGAGAGAUCUUGGACUGGCCAUGAGAGGCCCGCCAAGCUCUUGAAGGCCAGUACCUGCGGUUCUUCCUCCUCCUCACACCUCUUUUCGUUCAGUACAUCGGCUUCAAUGGCCUCGAACCUGCAACAGCAAGUUUAUGGGAAUUUGCAAAACCCUUCCGCAACUCCAAAGAAAGAGGCAGUUUCUCAAGAACCAAAACUCAGCCAAAACUCCAGCCCCAAAGCCGAUCUGGGGAUUAAGAGAGCUUAUCCUGUUUCACGGACUCCAUCAAGUGCUCAAGACCAUAUUUUAGCUGAAAGAAAGAGGAGAGAGAAGCUUAGCCAGAGGUUUAUUGCUCUAUCUGCCAUUGUUCCAGGCCUAAAAAAGAUGGACAAGGCCUCUGUUCUUGGAGAUGCCAUCAAGUACUUGAAACAGCUUCAAGAACGUGUGAAGUCGCUAGAGGAGCAAUCGAAGAAGAAAACCAUGGAAUCGGCGGUCUUCGUAAAGAAAUAUCAGCUUAGCAAUGAUGAUGAUGGCUCGUCUUGCGAUGAGUCCUCAGACGGUUAUUCUGCGGACCAAGCAUUACCGGAGAUUGAAGCUCGGGUUGCGGACAAGGACGUGCUUAUCCGCAUUCACUGCGAGAAUCAAAAGGCUAUUGCAGCAAGAAUUUUUGGGGAGGUUGAAAAGCUUAACCUUUCCAUUGUUCAAAGCAACGUGGUGAGAUUUGGCAGCUCCACUCUUGACAUCACCAUUGUUGCUCAGAUGGAUGAUGGGUUUAGCUUGACGGUCAAGGAGAUAGUGAAAAAUCUGCGGUCUUCACUAUUGAAGUUCUGGUUCAGAUGAAGAUGUUGGGGUUCAUUGUUGAUUAACGUUGCUUCGUCCUCUGUAAAAACCCAAUUUGCCAAAGUUUUAGUCCGUGAAGAUUGUGAUUUUGGGUAGUUUUUUUUUUUGGCCUUCGUUUACUCUUGCAUAGUUCAACAUUGUUUGUUGAGUGAACCCAUGCAUGAUGUAAAAAAGAUGUUUCCAUGCGAUUUCUUCUUCUUCUGUUCUCAUUGCCCUUAUGUAUUUGGAAGAUUCAUGGAAAUAGUAACUUUAAUAAGAU